GAACACUUCUUCCACCUCUGACCCCUGUUGCAGCAUGAUCAUGACACAGUUGUGCAAGAAGAGAAGCCUCUGCACAUGUGCAAGUGUUUUGUAACAGAACCCAAGCUUUUUGUUACUGCAUUCAGGCAAGUCUGACAAAAGGUCAUGCCAGUUCACUUUAGGAGCUUCUAAAGCCUGUGCCAUCUAUCAGAAAAACAGCAGAGGCUGAGUGAAGAAAAACAGGAAAGAGGAAGGAAAGGUGACGGUAAGCUGUUGGUUAGGAAACAACUAAUGGGAUUCAGAAGUACCGAGAUGAUGAGAAGAAAGGGAGGAAGGGAAGGAGACAAGGAGAGAGAGGGGAUGAAGGGGAGGGAGGAGGAGUAAAUCAGUGUUGGAGACUGACGCGGAAGAGGAAUGAGCUUCGGAGAAGGAAGAAGAAGCGUGAAGGGAAAGCAGCCUCUCAGCCUGGAAUCACACUUGUUGAUUAGAGCUCACCUCCAGCCCUGCGGCGGGGCUCCGGAAACCUUCCCACCCGGUUUGUCGUGUUUUCCCCCGGGUCUGGAGCUGCUGGCUACGGGCUGCGAGACUGACUGGCUAACAGGCUGGGACUGGUGACUGGAAAUAACAUCACCCAUCCAUCUCCGCCUUCUUACCGCCGCAGACACUCAGCACCCAGCUUUCCUGAAUCAAUAUUUCAUCUUUUAUUCAUUCGGCUUUCCAAGCAAGCAGCUCCGGGAAGCGUAACGAGCGCGGCGCCCUGUCCUCCGUGCAGCGCCGCUGGGUGGCACCGCUGUCUACGGGCGGAGGGACUCCUAUCGCGGCGUGGUGGAUCAUCUCUCCAUCGUAAGAAAACGACGUCGGAAACACUUGAGAACCGAACAUUUCUGCCUCUCUGGAACACCUGGUCUGAGUUUUAAGGAGAUGGACACACCAAUAAUAUCAGGAGAUGGAUAUUUAGCUGGCCUAUGAAGAGAGGCUCCGGGAGACACCGACCGAGGCGCCCUCUCCGCCGCGAAGCACCGCCUGGUGGCACCGCUGCGUCCACUGCUCGCUCCUUUGGGGGUUUGCAGAGUCACAUUUACCAGAAAACGAAUUUUGUUUGGAACACAAGGUCGCGACCCAAAAUCCUACUCUGUAAUUUUGGACCUGGACCUAAUUAGCGGGUCCGCUUCGGGAUUCGCACCGAGCUCGGUGCCGUGUCCGGCUUGGUGGUGGGAUGUCUCACCACUGGAGGCGGAAGAUUAUCUAGAAAUCCGGCUUUUCGAACCUAGUCAUACCCUGUGUUCUCGGUUAGUUUGUGUGGGGAGGACAUGGCCGACUCUGGCCGGGCCAGAGCAGCGGACCCUGACGCCGCGGACAGCCGGACAUCGAGCCCCCUGACCGUGAAGAGGAGGGCGCAGCAGUCUCCCGGGCUCGGGCCCAAGUACCAGAGCUCGGCACCGGGACACUGCUUCAAGAAAGUCACCCUGACCAAACCCACCUUCUGUCACAGCUGCAGCGACUUCAUCUGGGGGCUCAUCGGCUUCGUGUGUGAAGUGUGCAACUUCAUGUGUCAUGAGAAAUGCCUGAAGACGCUGCGAUCAGUUUGUUCCUGCAAGACUCCAUCUCUAAUCCGGGUGCCAGUGGCUCACUGCUUCGGUCCAGCUGGUCAGAAAAAACGUUUCUGCUGCGUCUGUAGGAAACAAACGGAGGGAAGCACGGCUCUGCGCUGUGAAGUGUGCGAGCUGCAUGUCCACGCUGACUGUGCUGCCUUCAGCUGUGCCGACUGCCGCAGCUGUCACCUGGAUGGGACACUGGAGCAGGACACGUUUCACCACCACUGGAGGGAGGGGAACCUGGUGUCAGCGGCCAGGUGUGACAUCUGUCGGCGAUCCUGCGGUUCGUCCGACGUCCUGGCGGGAAUGAGGUGUGAGUGGUGCGGCAUCACGAGCCAUGCGGCGUGUUACCUCAGUGUGCCACCAGGGUGCACUCUGGGACGUCUGCGCUGCAUGCUGCUGCAUCCGGCCUGCGUCCGCCUCGACUCAAGAAACUUCAGCAAGAUGCACUGCUACCACAUCGCAGAGAGCUGCAGCCGUGACCUGGAUAACUUUGAUGAUUUUGAUCCGUCUGCUGCGGUGUCUAAAGAUGGUCAGCCGGCUGCUCUAGAGUCAGGGAAGCAGUACCUCAAGGUGUUCGAUGGAGAUGAUGCUGUCAAGCGCGGAUUCUUCCGGCUGGUCUCCAUCUUUAGAGCCACAAGGAAUGAGGAAGUGGUGGAGGCAGCUCUGCGGGCCUUCUACCUCCCAGAUGAACCUCAGGAGUAUGAGCUGAUCGAGGUUGGCAGUCUGCAGCGUCCCCACAGUGACGACAUCCUGAACCGCAACGGGAAUCCAGACAACAGAGGCUCUCUGAAAGAUGGUGGCGAUGCCUGGCUGCUGAGGGCCAAACCACAAGAUGCUGAGGUCAUCAAGGUGUAUGCCAGCUGGCCCAGGUCCGGUGCAGCUUUUGUCCCCGUCUCCAUUUCAAAGAACAGCACAGCAGCUUCAGUCCUCACUGAGGUUCUCAGUCAGCUCCAGAGACAGGAGGAGGACUGGACCAGGUUCAGCCUGCUGGAGGUGUGCAUGAACAGCAAGCAAGUACAGAGACAGACACUGACUCCUCAGGAGAAGAUUCUGGACAAACUGCAGGAGAUCAGGAAGGUGUCUCUGCGUCAGAUGAACCAGACUCGGUUCUACAUAGUGGAGAACAGGAACCGAGCGGUGCAGGUUGACCUGCUGAUUGUAGGGCUGCCGCCCUUGCUGAGCAAGGAGGAGUACGUCCAGCUGGUCCAGGAGCACCUGGCCAUCAAGAGUCACCUGGUCACCAUCAGCCACAUCUAUGCCAGCCAAGGUGCGGUGUCGCUGCAGAUCUCGUGUUUCUCUGAAGCAGAGAGGAUCUACAUGUUGGCUAAAGACACGUCCGUCAACAACAAGGCACUCACCUCAAUCGUCAUACCGGAGAUCGUGCACAACAAACUGGGAGACGACGUCUGUCCUCUGCUGCUGUUUGUCAACCCAAAGAGUGGAGGGAUGAAAGGCAGAGAGCUCCUCUACAGCUUCCGCAAACUCCUGAACCCUCACCAGGUCUUUGACAUUUCCAACGGGGGCCCGCUGGCUGGCCUCCACACCUUCAGGGAGGUGCCCAGGUUUCGGGUGCUGGUCUGUGGGGGAGAUGGGACGGUGGGCUGGGUGCUGGGAGUACUGGAGACCGUCAGACACAAACUGGUCUGUCGAGAGCCACCUAUCGGCCUUGUACCACUGGGAACAGGUAAUGACCUGGCUCGUAUCCUGCGCUGGGGCGCGGGCUACAGCGGCGAGGACCCCCACCACAUCCUGGUCUCUGUUGACGAAGCAGAUGAGGUUCUGAUGGACCGAUGGACCAUCCUGCUGGACGCACAUGACAUCUCUGAAGAUGGCAAGGACAACGGCUUCCUAGAGCCGCCCAAGAUCGUCCAGAUGAACAACUACUUUGGUCUCGGCAUCGAUGCGGAGCUCAGCCUCGAUUUCCACCUGGCCCGAGAGGACGAACCGGAUAAAUUCACCAGCAGGUUCCAUAACAAAGGUGUGUAUGUGAAGGUCGGUCUGCAGAAGAUCAGUUCCACCAGGAGCCUCCACAAAGAGCUGCAGCUGCAGGUGGACACUCACGACAUCCCGUUACCCAACAUAGAGGGACUGAUCUUCCUCAACAUCCCCAGUUGGGGUUCUGGUGCCGAUCUCUGGGGGUCAGAGGUCGACGGCCGCUAUGAGAAACCAAGCAUCGAUGAUGGUUUGCUGGAGGUGGUUGGGGUCACUGGGGUCGUCCACAUGGGCCAGGUGCAGAGCGGCCUGCGGUCCGGGAUUCGUAUUGCUCAAGGGAACUACAUCAGGCUGACAGUAAGAAAACCCAUACCUGUCCAGGUGGACGGAGAACCGUGGAUCCAGCCGCCGGGACACAUCAUCAUCUCUGCUGCUGGUCCGAAGGUCCGGAUGCUGAGGAAGUCCAAGCAGAAACAGAAGAAAUCAUCGGCUGGCGUGAAGGACGGACGUUCGGAGAGUCCGUCCUCCAGUGACCGACCCACCUGAAUGUUGGUGUCUUGCCUUUCACCUUCUUCCUGCUGCACUGGGGAAGCCAUUUAGGUCUUAGCAGCCAGCUGUGAUUUCACUCAUGUAGCUUGUAGCGACGCUGACGGGCCAGAGAUCGGCCUGGAGAAUGAAGUUUAGUUUUUACAGCCGGGAUCACCUCAUGUUGGCAUUGCCUUUCCAUCCUGCUGACUAUACUCUUCUCAGUUACAUAACUGACAAGAACCAUGGUUAAUAUUCAGCACCUAAAAUGUACAUUUCUACUUGUUAACACAAGACAGUAACUGUCUAAUACAUUCAUAAUAGAAUUUCUGCAUAGAUUGUUAUUGAACUUUGACAAUUUCCCAGUAUGGAUAAGCUCUGAGCUGGAACAAAUAAUGUAGAACAGUAUUUUCCAGAGGUUGUUAACCUUCUGUCCAUAUGUGCAGUAUGUGUACAGUUAGUAGCAGCAGACUCAGUGUCUGCUCAUACGUUGUAAUAACUACUUGUAACAAACAUUGUGCAGCUAUAGAGUGGUUGCGACCUUGAUGUUGGUUUGUAGUCAAAGAUAUGUUGAAAUCGAAUACCGACACACUCUUGAAGAGACUGAAGAGGAAAAGCUUAAAAAGCUGCUACCAUGUUAUGUUAACCUAGACCAGAAAUCUCCUGGGAUGCUGAACUGGCUCACUUCUGCUUGUCUAGUGUGUCGUCACAACACUGGUGUUGUGGUGAAGCUUUCCAAAGCUAAAGAGCACGCAAAGGAAAUUAUAGAAAUCCCCAAUUUUAUGAAACCACAGUGAUCUCUGUGCACCAUCAUUAUGAAACUGGAAAUUUCACAAGUCAAGAAACUGAUUAAAAUAAAAAGAUCAGUCUGAGCAGUGCAGUGUAAAGCAGCUGGCGUUUCAACAGAAACUUUAAUCCUUCAGCAUGACUCUAAACUAGUUUAGCUGCUUUUACUUGGACCACCAGCUGUAAAGAGGGUGUAUACUGUCAGUGCUGACCACAUUGUUUUACCACAGAUUAUCAUCUUGUAAUAAUGUUAAUAAAUUAUCACAAUAGAAAAGAUUUGUUCAUGCAAGAUGAUAAUAACUAGAUAAAAAAUAAAGAAUAGAUUGUGUGAGGCUCCAAAACAAAACUCAAACAAAACACAUUUAAUUUUAGGUUAAUCCAAUAUAGUAUACGUGAAUUGAGAGUUUAUACCCAAAAAUGUGGAGACAAACUGUGGCGCUGCAGUCACAGGUAGCACUGGACACUGCAGCAGGAAAACACUAGUAGAUUGGUGAGCUCGUUAGCUCGUUUACUAGCAGGCUAACCAACAGGCCACAGGGCCAGAACUAAACUUACUUUGGGUUUCAAUAACUAAAAUGUGGGAACACAGACGGGAAAACGAGCCCAGAACCAGCUUUGUGAGCUGGUGGCCAAGCAGUUAGCUCACAACUAAUUUUUAAUAAUUAAAUACUGUAAUUAUUACCAAUAUAAAUGAUAACUAAAUGAUAACGAUGGCAUUACUGAUUAUGUGAAGGAAUGAUUUGUAAUUUGAAGGUAAAAUUGCUCAGUUGAUUGAGUGAUUUAUCAAGACUGUUUCAUCACUAAGCUCAUUAGGCUGUAACAGCCAGUGAGUUCAAAUUAAGUUUCCUCUAGAGUGACCGCCCAUAAAAGUCAAAAUGCCAGAGUCCAAACUUAAAUCACCGUUGGGUGCCACUCCCAAUGGAAAGUGCUCAAAAACGAGCUUCAGAUGAUCCUCCAGCAACAGAAAGACAGUGGAUCUAAUGAAGGAGGUGCUUCGUCCACAUUCCCAGAGAAACGGUGUAAAGAAGGGAUCUGAUGCUGAAGGUCCCAGCUCUUGAUGUAGCUACAGCAGUAUUUGAUCACUUUACUUUGUAAUAAUUCAUAUUUUAAUCUAAGA